GGGUUUGUGAGGACGUGUUCCGAGGAAGUCAGGCCCGGCCCGCGGCGACAUGGAGCCGCUCUACCAGCAAACGCACAAGCAGGUCCAUGAGAUUCAGGCUCACAUGGGACGGCUGGAGAAGGCAGACAAGCAGUCUGUGCACCUUGUAGAAAAUGAAAUCCAAGCAAGCAUAGACCAGAUAUUCAGCCGUCUGGAACGUCUGGAGAUUUUGUCCAACAAGGAGCCCCCUAACAAAAGACAGAAUGCCAAACUUCGUGUUGACCAGUUGAAGUAUGACGUCCAGCACCUGCAGACUGCCCUCAGCAACUUCCAGCACCGCCGCUAUGCACGAGAGCAGCAGGACAGACAGCGAGAAGAGCUGUUGUCGCGCACCUUCACGGCCAACGACUCGGACACUGCCAUCCCGAUGGAUGAGUCCCUGCAGUUUAACUCCUCCCUCCAGCAGAUCCACAGCGGCAUGGAUGACCUCAUUGGAGGCGGGCACAGCAUUCUGGAGGGGCUGAGGGCCCAGAGAUUGACCUUGAAGGGCACUCAGAAGAAGAUCCUGGACAUCGCCAACACGCUGGGUCUAUCCAACACAGUGAUGCGGCUGGUCGAGAAGCGGGCCUUCCAGGAUAAGUACUUCAUGGUGGGCACCUGAGGAUCCUGCCAGACAGCACACUUCGGAGAAAGGCAUGCAAGGGCACCCUGAGCCACUGGGACUUGAACUUGGGGAGCAGAAGCCCCAGCCCUGCCUGCAUCAACUGUGGAUGUCUUUCUGUGGUGCCUUUACUAACCUUCUUGCUGCACCCCCAGGGCCAGGUCUCCCUGCUUUGCAGUAAAAACUGGGGACAUGGUUUGUGGGUCUUUGCCCCCUGGGGUGGGGGAACCACAGCCCAGGGCUCCCAGAUAGUGUGUCAUCACGUGACCCCCUUCUCACAUCCUCUCUCAGUACCCAGAAGAAACAGACCUGGCCCCUGCCCUAGGGAAGGGCUCAGACCAGGGAAGGAGCACCCUCUAGUGGAGAUGGGCGGGUUGGUGGCUCCGGCCUCGGCUGCGUCUCAGGACUUGUGCGCCUGUUGGGAGAGGAGCCUGGGAGCCCCUUUGCUCUGUGACGUUUGCCCUGGGCGUGACCAUGUAAGAGAAUUCAGAAGCAAGCGGGAGGCUCUUAGACGCCUAGAAGACUCCACACUGAGUUUUGCUCUAAUGCAUUUGAACGCAUUUGAUCUGCAGAUUUGGACUUACUCCCAUUGUUUCUGAAGCACAUCAGUUGAAUAAAGUUGAGAUUUAUUUUAUUUAGAAAAUUA